AUGUGCUGGAUGUUUGCCUUGUUGGUUGUAGCCAGUGGCGGUCCAUUCUCGCCCUUUUUUGACUGGAACUACCCUUCCCAACAUCAAUACCGGAAUUUGCUUGGUGAUGAGGAGUUUAGCCCUGAAGCCGGCACCGCUCGCUGGUUGCUUUGCACAGUGUUAGGAAGGGAUAGUGGUAGCCAAGUCUUCCUUACACCGGCCAUGUCGACGAUAUAUCUCCCCCGCACACAGACAUCCCGCCACAAGACGUGCCGUGCCGUUCAUCUUGAGGCGGAUUUUAAACGAGGAUUCAAAGUCAAAGUGGCACUGAAUAGGGAGAUUGACGAAAAGUGCGACGAGGACGGGACAUGCAUGCGUAUGAGAGGUGCACGGACACCCGGAGAGAGUAUAUGGAAAGGGAAGGAGAGAGAUGGCAGUCGGGAGUCGGAUGCGGGUAGCAAGGUUACGUUCAGAUCUUCAGAGGUGGUAGGCAAAGGGCGCAAUAGGCGUGUUGGGAUGCCUGGACAGAAUAUUUACUUCGUUGUCGUCGAUUCGUCGUUGUCAUUACCGGUGAAAGAGGGAAAACAACAAGGACACACGGACCAGCAGGUCGCCAUCCGUCGAACGACAAAACAGCAUUACAUCAUGCCUGGUUGCCGACCAGCUGAGUACUUGCUGUGCUUGCCAGCAACGCACUCGAGUCGACUCGGAUUUCGUCUGACUGACAUAGCCAGGAUUAACUUGGAACAAAUUCGUGUGAACAAAGAUGCGGCUUGA